ACAACAGUAAAUACUAAAUGUAAUAAAUGUUCUUAGGUUAGCACUUAGUGAUGGGAGCAAUUUGGAUCACAACUUCUUAAUCUAUUAAAUUUUUCAAUAGUUUCUGGGAUUACUACUUCUUGUUCUACUAAAUAAUUCUUCCAAAAUUUAAAGACAAUUUGUUAUUUGUUAAUUUUUUAAUCAACUUUUUACGUUAGUAUUGUGUAGAGUGUACGCCGAGUCGCUGACGCUAACAUAACGCAAGGGUUUGUCUUUGUAAAUGGUACUAUCUAAAGCUGUGAUGUCAUGACUCAAAGAUAUAAUAUGGUAAUCAAUUUGAUAUUCAAAAUCGAAAAUAUUUGCAGAAUUUGAUUAUUGAUAUUUGAAAUUUAACAGGAAUUGUAUAAUUAAUUUGUCAAUAUAGAAUAUUAUAUUUCAUGAUGUUUAUUAUGAGUUCAUUAUCUACAAUUAACCGGCUUUAUCCUUUGAUAAAUAAUCAAUUGAAAUGUUCAUGUGUAAAACAUUUAUCACAAUUAACUAAAAAACAAGCAGAACUCAUGAGAAAAAAGUUACCUCAAAAACAUCCAAUUAAUGGUGUGAACCACAUAAUAUUGGUAGCAUCUGGAAAAGGAGGUGUUGGCAAAUCAACAACAGCUGUAAAUCUAGCAACAGCUAUAAAAUGUGUUGCACCUAACAAAGAGGUCGGAUUAUUAGAUGCUGAUGUAUUCGGUCCAUCUAUACCAUUAAUGAUGAAUUUAUAUGAAACUCCUUUAAUUAAUAAUGAUAACCUUAUGGUACCUCUCAUUAACUAUGGGGUUAAGUGCAUGUCAAUGGGUAACUUAAUAACUGAUCAAUCAGCAGCCAUCUGGAGAGGACUUAUGGUUAUGGGAGCUAUAGAUAAAUUAAUUAGAGGUGUGUCCUGGAACCAUACAGAUUACCUUAUUGUGGAUACACCUCCAGGAACUGGAGAUACACACUUAUCACUUGCUCAAAAUCUUCCAAUAAGUGGUGUUUUAAUUGUUACUACUGGUCAAAAGGCUGCUCUUGGUGUGACCAGAAGAGGUAUAACAAUGUUUAAAAAAUUAAACAUUCCUAUAUUAGGAAUAGUACAAAAUAUGAGUACUAUGAAAUGUUCAAAAUGUUCGCAUGACAAUUUUAUUUUUGGAAAUAAUGUUGAAGAGUUAGCCACACAAGAAAAAAUAGAUACAUUAUUUUCUAUACCUUUGGAUCCUAUUAUAACUAAUGGUUGUGAUUCUGGUCAGCCUAUUGUCAUCACUCAUCCAGAAUCCUCACAAGUUAAAGUUUACAAAAGUAUAGCAGAAUAUUUGAUAAAUUCAUUAGACAAUAUUACCAAUAAGCGAUAAAUGUCUUAUAAUAUUUAUGACCAUACAUCUGUCGAUAGAUUUGCUAAUACUUUAUAAUUGUAUUA